AUGGCACCAAACUGGGACAGACUUAUUCGCUUCAUCGCAACAGAUGGCCGUGAGCUGCGGGGUCAGCCAAUUCUUCCUUCUGCAGACUUCGAUGUCGGUACUACAACAGAACAGACGGGACUCAAGGCCAAAGUGAUUGAUGUCAAGAACAACGAUAUCUUCGACCCAGCUACCAAGGUCACAGAUGAAGAAGUAACCGUCAAGAAACUGCUCGGUCCCGUGACUGUAGACGAAGUACCCAUCAUCCGGUGCAUAGGUCUCAACUUCAUCAAGCACAUCCAAGAAGGCGGCCGCACCCUUCCCCCAUACCCGUCAACCUUUAUUAAAGCAAACACAUGCCUGAACGACCACGGAGCCCCCAUCGUCAUCCCUAAAAUCGCGCAAGACAACCAAGCAGACUACGAAGGCGAACUCUGCUUCAUCAUCUCGAAGGACGCCAAGGACGUCUCUGAAGCUGAUGCUUUUGAUUACAUCGGCGGCUACACAUCCGGCAACGAUGUCUCCUCCCGCAAACUCCAACGCGACCCCCUUCUCGCCGGAACAGUACCCCAGUGGAAUUUCUCAAAAGGCUUCGACACAUACGCGCCUCUGGGUCCCCAGCUCGUAUCCACCAAAGUCAUCCCUGAUCCGUCCAAACUGCACCUCAAGACUAUUGUUAACGGGGAUUUGAGACAGAAUUCGGGCAUUGAUGAUUUGUGCUUCAAGAUUCCUACGCUGGUGAGUUAUUGUAGUCAGGGGACUACGCUGAAGAAGGGGACGGUAUUCAUGACAGGCACAUGUGCGGGUGUCGGGUAUGCGAUGAAGGAGCCGCAAUUCUUGAAGCCGGGAGAUGUAGUCGAGGUUAAUCUUAGUCCCGAGAUUGGUACUUUGAGGAAUACGGUCGAGUAUGCUUAG